GCGUGUGUAGAGAAAAGAAAGAAAAGCUGGAGGAUUGCACGCUGGGAGUCCGUUGCUUUUCUAACAGUCCACCAUGACCACCCAAUCCCUCCAAUAACAGCCUUCCAAUCUUCGCAACUUAUUCCUCAGAGAUCAGAGAGAGAGAAAGAGAGAGAACCCAAGUGCUGAUAAGAAGAAAACAGCACUACCCAUCUUGUUCUCUUCAAGAAACGGUGACUAUUUUCCUCUCUUCUCUUCAGAUACAGUCACUCUUCUCAAUUCAAAUCUCUCUCUCUCUCUCUCUCUCUCUCUCUCUCUCUCUCUCUCUCUCUCCCUCUUUCUCUCUCUCUCUCUCUCUAUGAUGUUGCACACAAAGAAACCAAGCAUGUCUGCCCAAGAUAGGCACGUCUGUGUUCAGGUGGAGUCUGGGCUUGUCCUGACGACUGACCCAAAGCCCAGACUGAGAUGGACAGUGGAACUGCAUGACCGCUUUGUGGAUGCUGUCACUCAAUUAGGAGGCCCUGACAAGGCAACUCCAAAGACAAUCAUGAGAGCGAUGGGUGUCAAAGGGCUAACUCUUUACCAUCUUAAGAGCCAUCUCCAGAAGUUCAGACUUGGGAAGCAGCCACACAAGGAAUUUAACGAUCACUCAAUGAAAGACAACGGAAGAGCAUCUCUAGAACAACAAAGGAACGGAGGCUCUUCGUCAGGAAUGAUUAGCAUGAGGGAGAAUGUACACAUAACAGAAGCCCUCAGAUUGCAAAUGGAGGUGGAGAGAAGAUUACACGAGCAGUUAGAGGUGCAAAGACAUCUCCAAUUAAGGAUAGAAGCCCAAGGGAAAUACAUGCACAACAUCCUUGAAAAGGCAUGCCAGACGCUAGGUGACCCUGUGGCAUUGAAGGAUAAUAUUGGCAGCCAACGGGUGGUAGAUUUGGGGACAAUGAAGAAACUGAACUCUCAACUGAACUUGUCUUCGGUCCAAAAUCUCCAAAUCAUUUGCGGAGAUGGCAAGCAGCAUCCCCAGAUUGAUAGAUUGCUAAAUGGAGUUUUGUUUCCGACCAACCACAAUGUUUGCAUAGGUGUACGUGACGGACCAGUUCAAUCUCAUGAAGAUGAUGGAAAUUUAGAAGCUGCACCGGCUAAUAAUACCAUUGACAACAGGAACGAGGUAGGUUUGAUGGCGGACUCUUAUGACAACAAGCAUAUUCCGUUAUCUGAAGGAUUUGAUGUGUGGAAAAGGAUACCGUCCUGCUGAUAGCAUGACGGCCACCAGACCACGAGGACGAGGGACAAAUGAGCAAAAGUAUUAUUUUGGAUAGACCUGAUCAAUGUAUAUAUUUUCAACCACUAGUUGGUCAAUCGAACUUAAUACUGAUCAAUUGUUACAGAACUUAAUCGUUUGACAGCAGUAACCAGGAUGUUACUUUCA